AGUCUGGAGGAGCAGGAGCAGGCAGCAGAGUUCAGCGGCUCCCGCGUUUGUCCGACACAUAGCUAGAGCUGCUCCCCAAGCAGUGGAGGUGAUGAUGGCGGCGGCUGUAGAGAGAGGAGGCGUCCGGGCCGCUUUCCUGAACCCGAGCAGCGGCGGCGGCGGUGGACCAGCACCGACAACCCUCCCGACUGGAGCGCUAGCCGGGGCUGUGGUCCUGGGCUCCGGCAGCAUGCCUGUACCCAUGAACCUCUUUGCGACCUGGGAGAUAGACCGAUCAUCCCCAAGCUGCGUUCCGAGGCUCUGCACCCUCACACUGAAAAAGCUGGUCGUCCUCAAAGAACUGGAUAAAGAGCUGAAUUCCCUGUCCAUAGCUGUCAAAAUACAGGGUUCUAAGCGCCUUCUGAGAUCAAAUGAAUAUGUCCUCCCACCCAGUGGACUGAUGGAGACAGAUCUGGAGCUUACAUUCUCACUACAGUACCCCCAUUUUCUGAAGCGGGAUGCCAACAGACUGCAGAUUAUGCUGCAGAGGAGGAAACGCUACAAGAAUCGAACCAUCCUGGGCUACAAAACUUUGGCUGUGGGAGUUAUCAAUAUGGCUGAGGUGAUGCAACACCCGACAGACGGGGGACAGAUUCUGGGUCUCCAUAGCAACGUGAAGGAGGCGCCAGUGCGUGUGGCGGAGAUCAGCGUGUACUCUCUGUCCAGCCAGCCCAUCGACCACGAGGAUGGUAGCAGCCAGGCUGGCCGCAAGACCAAAACCUCAGACCGCUCCCCAGACAUGGAUAACUAUUCUGAGGAGGACGAUGACAGCUACUCGUCAGAGCAGGAAGCCAGUGAUGACGCAGUCCAUGGUCAGGAUCUUUAUGAUGAAGACGACGAAGUCAGGAAGCCGAAGAAACCCCGGAGGAAAAUGAUCCGAACCACCUCCAUGACCAGACAACCUAACUUCAAGCAGAAGUUUGUGGCCUUGCUGAAGAGGUUCAAGGUAACAGAUGAGGUCCUGGACUCUGACCCAGUUGACCAGACGCAGGAGGUGGAGGAGGAUCUGGACUUACUCUACGACAGUCUGGAAGUGUACAACCAGAGCGACAGUGGGCCGGAGAUGGAGGACAACGAGAGUGUCCUGAGCACGCCCAAGCCCAAACUCAAGCCGUUUUUUGAAGGCAUGUCUCACUCCAGCUCCCAGACAGAAAUUGGAAGCAUACACAGCCAAAAAAGUCAGCAGAGAGAGCUGUCAUGUCCUAUUGGAGACUUUCUGACUGUGGACAGAUGUAAAGUGCAAGGGGCCCGGUAUCAAGAUGACAGCAUCACAGAUACAACCGUUGGGGAGCCAGAGCCUGAUGACAGCGGGCCAGGGCCGGGGGAGGUGAGCAGCUGGGAUGUCAACACUGAACGGAUGACCAGCACUGUUGGCAAGCUCUGCAAGACAGAGUCCCAAAACCACAUGUCUCCAAGUAAAGUGGAGAACAGGCUGCAGAGGCGUCCUCGCAGCACCUCCAUGAAAGACAGACAGAACUCCAAGGCCCAGAGCGACAGGACCAGCAGCAUGGAGAGCGAGUGCUCCCCAGACUCGCGACUCAUAGCACAGGUUCCCAGGAAGUCUGUGUAUGACCAGCUGAACCAGAUUCUCAUUUCUGAUGAGCGCCUGCCGGAGAGCAUCAUCCUCAUCAACACCAUGGAGUGGCAAGGACAGUAUGUAGCUGAGUUGCUCCAUGAACAGGCCCAGCCCAUUGUGUCCACCUGCUCUGCUGCCGAUGUUCAGGCCGCCUUCAACACCAUCGUUACUCGCAUCCAGAGAUUCUGUAACUGCAACGCACAGACACCCCCAACGAUGAAGGUGGCGGUGGCAGGCGACCAGAGUUACCUCAGCACCAUCCUGAGGUUCUUUGUGGAGCAGCUGGCCAACAAGACACCUGACUGGCUCAGUUACAUACGCUUCCUGGUCAUCCCUAUAGGCUCUCAUCCCCUGGCAAAGUAUGUGGCCUCGUUUGACAGCAGGUUCAACAGCAUCUUUAUGGACACUGCAUGGAGGGAGCUGUUCUGCAGGACGGAACGGCCCGCCUCAGAUAACAUAGAUGUAGCAGGGCGAGUCGUUCAGUAUCUGGCCGGUGCCAACGUGUCUCACCAGUUCCCCAUCUCAGAGGCCAUGCUCACCUACAAACAGAAGAGGAAAAGGAGUUUGUAUUUUGAUUUUUACAUCAGCCCUGACGAGGACUCCUGUCAGAAAUUUGUGCCAUUUAUUGGGGUUGUGAAAGUUGGGAUUGUGGAGCAAAGCCUCUCAACUUCAGUGGACUCAGAUGAUGCGAUGGGGGGAAACGCAAGCAUCCUGUCCUCCCCAACGCCCCCAUCGGCUGGUCCGUACGGGAAGGAGAUUGGGGGCACCCCCCCGCAGUCUCCCUCCGUGUCCACUGCCCUUUCUGGAGCUGGUUCUCCGUGUUCGGGCAGCGAAGUGAUGGGGCUCCAGGUGGACUACUGGACGUGGCAAGGCCCAGAGAAGAAGAAAGAGGGGGAGAAGAGAGACGUGGGACUGAAGAACACCCUGAAGAGUAAUUUCCGCUCACUGCAAGUCAGCCGCCUGCCUUGUGGAGGGGAGCUCACCCCUCCACCCAGCAUGGCCAUGACUGUCGUCACCAAGGAGAAGAACAAGAAAGUGAUUUUUCUCAGCAAGAAGCCCAAGGAGAAAGAGCUGGACUCUAAGAGCCAAGUGAUUGAUGGUAUCAGCAGGUUGAUCUGCACAGCCAAGCACCAGCACACCAUGCUGAGAGUCACUAUUGACGGAGUGGAGUGGAAUGAUGUGAAGUUUUUCCAGCUCGCUGCCCAGUGGCCAACACAUGUCAAGCACUUCCCAGUGGGAAUCUUUGGUUACACUAAGCCCGUGUGACCCUGGCCACCAUCCACCCAACCACCACCUGACUCUCCGCUGCACUUGUCUCACCGAGAGGCUACAGAGAAUUAGAGGAAAAGCCAACGGGCCCCCGGCAGUAAUAGUUUUCCUGUGGAAAUCUGACUGACUCACAACCACGUGUUCAACACACAAAUUUCAUGUUGUCAAUUUGAUGUUUUUGAUGUCGUUGGGUGUUGUUGUUGUUUUUUACACACUACAAAAAGAACAAGUACUAUUUUGUAAGAUUUGUGCUACCGCCUCGGAGGUAUUUUGAGGUUUUUGACAAUUUGCCACAUUUCGACAAUGGCAGCUGUGUUUGCACUUUGUUUUUGUUAACAUUUUAUUAUUUCUGUGAAAUCCUACAUUUAUUGUUACUCUAUAGACAAUGGAGGAGUGUGAUGGUGAUGUGCAGUGGCGUGUGUGAGAUUGUUUGAGACCGUGUUUGUGUUUGUUGUUGAAAGUUGGAAUAUUGCUGUGAAUCUAGAUGGAAUCCUUCUCUUCUAACUCAGUGCUCAGUUUUCUUACUCGUCCCUUUACUUUCUCAAAAAGUUGCAUUCUUAUAGAAAGGAACAUAAGUUCUUUUUGCCUCGUUGCUUUCAAGCACACUGUGUACCUAAAGCAAAUCAAAAAAGAAAAGAGGAAAAAAACUCAAGCAAGGUAUUUUUGAAGGUAGCUAUAAUGAAUGUAGCUAUGACACAUUUGUAACAUGUGAGCAGUUCAUCAAACCGGUUUGUUUUUGUGUCAGUGUUGGUGUACAUUUGGACUGUACAGUAACACCCACGUAGAAGCAGGGUAACAUGACACACGAAACAACAUAUUUCAACUAUCAACAGCUGAAUGCCAAAUCAAGUUGUGACUGUAUGAACUGUCUUAUUGUUUCAUGGUCCUCAGUUGUUUUUCACCGUUUCCCAGCUGCGUUUUCCACCCAUGUUCUAAUUGGGCCUCCUUGGAGAAUUUUUAGGUUUUAACAGCAUUCACUUGGUGAACAUGGCCACUGUGUGUUCAGCUUGAUGCAAUGGCUUACCUGAGAAGACGUCUCGCAGAUAAUUUAGUAAUUUAGAAAAUACUGGAUUUCUCCAGAUGUUCAGUGAUGUGCCAAAGUCAAGUUUGUUUUACAGUCUACCCACCAGAGCUCUUGGCUUGGCCAAACUGAAAACUCAAAUCGUACAUCUAAUGCAUUUGUGGUCCCUGUGGAGAUCAGUAUUAAUAUUACUGAGUUAUUCAUUAGUACAAAUUUACCAGUUAGUGCGCCGCAUUUGGCCAAAUGUAAACCUGUUAAGCAUUUACACGACGUGUGCACAUUGUAACCAAGAAAUUACCGUUGUGUCCUUUAAUACAGCUUCACCGUGACUGGACAUGCAAGUUGUAGCUAACCUAAAACACAGAUAGGUUGGUCAUUUAGCAUUGUGUAGGACUUUAAUGGGAGAAAUACAGAUGAGUGUGUCUGACUUGAAACAUGCCUUGACAGUACUGUCAAGCGCAAUGCAAGUAUUGAAUAGCUUUUAAAAUAGGAUGAAAAGUGUAUGGAGUCUUGCCAGAUGUCCAAGUCACUGCCUAUGUGUGUCUGUGUAGGUGUGCUAUAUGUUUGAUGGUACUCCCUGAAUAGUGUUACGUGAAACUUUUGCAAUAGGAAACCUUUGGACAAAGGGCCUUCUGUAUGAGUUUGUUGUUGCUUUUUAUAAAGUGAAGACUUACAAGCUUUGAUAGGCUGGCUUUUUUAGUAUUGUAUAGAAAUAUAUACAAGAUGUAUUAUUGUGAAUUGCAAAUCCCCCCCCCCCUCCACUAAAUUGAAAGCACAAAUAGCUUACCUUUAUUUCUUGACAUAAAUGCCAAAUAUAUUUCCAGAAUGCAAACACUAUUAGUAUGUAAUUUCUCAUACAUUUCCCUCUCUUUGUAAUGCACUUUCAUGUGGUUUUAUACACAUUUUAACUCAAAUUUGGACACACUUUGGUUUUGAGGUGAAUUUGAUAGAGGUGUUAUAUUUGAAAUGUAAACCACUACCUAUAGUCAAGAGAAGGCUGUUCUUUUUUUUCUUUUUAAUCCCCAGAAAUGACCCUUUUUCAUUGGGAUGUUGUGUUUAUGUUGUUGGAUUAAAGGCAGAGUGAGAAGGAGUUUCUUAAAAAGACUCAUGUCAUGUAGACUCAUACAAAAACAAACCCUCUCAAUCAUCAUUUCUGACCCACUAGAAGUGUGUGGCAGUGUGUGGCUCUGCAGAGACCCUGCCCUCCGCAUCUCUUUUCUUAUUCUGCUGUGUUCAGGACGUUUCUGGCUGUUAACCUUUGGGCAGUGGGUGUGGAGCCCCCAGCCAAUAACAGCGUUCAGGGUGCGAAAGUGGGACUCUAAAAACGAAGCAACCAGGUGCCACAUCGUAAACACACGUCCUUGGACGCUUCUGGUGCCAUUGAGCCGGGGAGGGGCCAACUUCGAAUGCUGUGUUUUGAAAAGUCCUACUCAUUCUGCCUUUGUGCCCUGUGAGGUCUGAAAAACCACCACGGCUGUCUGUUCCUUAAUGUUUUGCCACUUGAUGUUGAAAAGCUUAUUUUGCAGCUACAACCAUACAUGUCUGCCUGCGACGACAGUCGAGUUUUCUUGUCUCCUGCUUUUUGAAGGGUUCACUAUCUUCUCUUAGUUGGGAGACCAACUGGCCCUUACUCAUCUGUCACUUAGGGCUGUGAAGUGUUAGCCAGGGCAGAGUUGUUUGAGGGAAUUUGUCAUGUGACUUAGCCUUUUAAAUGCAAAACGGGCAUAAUGACAAGUGUAUUUCAAUGUAUUUGACCUCAAGUUUUUUUUUGUUCUUUUUUUUUUUUCGCCCUAAAUCCAGAGGUAGCAUGGGGGUGUUUUGCAAGACUGGAUCAAUGAGCAGGCAUGCUCACUUUGGCACUGCAAAAAAAUUAACUCUUAACACCAGUGUUAAUGUUUUUCAUUAAUGGUCAAACUACAGUUACAACAUGCCAUCUCAUUGCUCCUGUUACUUGAAAUGCCACCCAGUGUCUUUGCACAAACCCUAUUUUAAAUGACAUGACAGUAUUUUUAAAUUUACCACUAAAAAUAUGGGUUACUCUGCAUGUUUUACUAUAGAUGUAAAUAUGUUUUGGAUUUUUAUAUUGUUUUGUUUCUUUCCAUGCUCUCACAAGCAGUGUGUUUAAUAAAAUUUUUAAUCUUCUG